AUGCUUGACUACACCAAGUUUCAGGACGUCUUUCCGGCGGACCUGCAGAUUCCCUACGACCGCAAGCUGCAGCAUGAGAUUGACGACCACCGGAAGAGCUUGGACGGCACUCUCUUCAUCGACCGCGUCAUGAAGGCGCUCGGCAUUGCCAAAUCGAAGAUCUACCCCCCAAAGUCCGACAGCGCCUUGCGACAGCUCCAUCAGCAAAUAUGCGACGCCGGCAUGUCGAUGCACCACAAGCAGUCUCUGCUCUACUACAUCCUGCUCGACUUUGAUGUCGCAACCAGCCGCGACUCCAUCUCCGAGGCUUUCGCCAUGGACACGGGCAUGCCCAGCACCUACCAGGUCUUUAUGAAGGGCCUGUGGUACAUGGACCGGCAAGACCAUGAGCACGCGCUCGAGUACGUGGCGCAUCCAUCCUUGACGCCCGAUUUCGCAGACGACAUUGUUGUCGCCCUCGUCCGACACGCGGAAGGAAACGACUACAGCCUCGCGCUGUCUUACUAUUACACCGUGCAGCCGAUUCUGAAGACGUCUCUGGCCCUGGAGCUGCUCUUCGACGCCAUGGUACGGACAAACGCGACUGAGGCGCUGCUGUUCUCCCGCACGCAUCCAGAGCACACGCGCGAGCAGCUGUUCAGGAGAUGGAUCGGCGGUGUGCUCGACGGCGGCAAGGGUGACAAGUCAGGUCAAGUCUCGCAGCUCGCCUUCAUGCCGUUCGACGCGACGGAGGAGGCGUGGUUCGAAGAGUACCUCACCAAGGGCGAAGGGAGGAGCCUGCGACGGGCCAAGGACACGCUGCUGGUUCGCAUGAUUGCGUGCGAUCGAUUUGCGGACGUGAGCAGAGUAAAAGGCGCUGGCCAGUGGAGCGGCGUGAUUGACGGCAUCAGGAAAGGAAUCGAUGGCCUCUCGGAGUGA